AUGACGGAAGAAGACCUGUUAAAUCCACAGAUGGUGACCAGUUUUUCAAAGUUUGCUUGUGUCUCGGUGAAAACGAGAGCAGCGAUCAAAUCCCGCAAAAUCCCGUCGAUAAUCGCAGUUUUCGUGACCUUGUUGUUGAUGCAUUUCUUGGUUCUCUGGUGCUAUGAAAGAAAUUCCAUUAUUCCGUCUCGUCGACUGAAACUCGAAGACAAUCCGUGGACAACCCACAGGCGCAAGACUACGUCUGGAAAACCUCCUCUGGAACAAUCUUCACGAGAAGCAACCAAAAUGGAGCAUACUGACAAGUUCAUUGCACUCAUUUCCACAAGAAAUGAUCCACCAGUGGUACCGGGUCAUCCGCCAGUCAGUCAAUUGACGGUGGCGCACCCGCUGGUUGUCAAGCGCCAGUCGGUCUAA